ACGACGACGUGCGCCAUUUCCCCUCUCCCCCCACUCGUCGUUAAUCACCCGAUCGAUGGAGGCGGAGCGGUCGAGUACCGCGGAGAAGCUUCUGGAAGAUCGACCUCCGCCGUCGGAUGAGGAGGAGGAGGGGGAGAGCCUGGGCCGUCGGAUAUGGCGGGAGUCGGGGAAGAUGUGGGUGGUGGCGGGGCCGGCGAUAUUCACGCGGUUCUCGACGUUCGGGGUGUCGGUGAUCACGCAGGCGUUCGUCGGACACGUCGGCCCCACCGAGCUCGCCGCCUACGCCCUCGUCUUCACCGUCCUCGUCCGCUUCGCCAACGGCGUCCUGCUAGGCAUGGCAAGUGCACUUGAAACUCUAUGUGGCCAAGCAUUUGGUGCAAAGCAACAUCAUAUGCUGGGCAUUUAUCUCCAAAGAUCAUGGAUAGUCUUGUUUGUGUGCAGCACCCUCAUGAUACCAAUAUUCAUCUUCACCACGCCGAUCCUCCGCCUCCUCGGUCAGGAAGAGUCGAUCGCGUCGAUGGCGGGGACGGUCGCCCUCUGGUUCAUCCCCAUCAACUUCUCCUACCUCUUCUCCUUCACCUUCCAGAUGUACCUGCAGUCGCAGAGCAAGAACGUCGUCAUAACCUACUUGGCGGCGCUCUCGCUCGCCCUCCACGUGUUUUUCUCCUGGCUCACGGUGUUCAAGCUCUCGAUGGGGGUCACGGGCGCGAUGAUCUCGAUGAUCUUGGCGAUGUGGAUACCAAUACUGGGACAGUUUGGAUUUGUGCUAUGUGGGGGGUGCCCUGAUACAUGGAAGGGCUUUUCAUGGAGGGCUUUUAGUGAUCUGUGGCAGGUCAUCAAGCUCUCUCUAUCUUCUGGUGCCAUGGUUUGUUUGGAGCUAUGGUACAAUACCAUAUUGGUGUUACUAACAGGGAAUAUGAAAAAUGCUGAGGUUGAAAUUGAUGCUCUCUCUAUAUGCCUCAACAUCUGUGGAUGGGAAUUGAUGAUAUCAGUAGGCUUUUUGGCAGCAGCAGGCGUUCGAGUAGCAAAUGAACUCGGCGCAGGGCAUGCAAAGGCCGCAAAAUUUUCUAUUGUUGUUGUCGUCGCUACGUCGUUAUCGAUCGGAAUAGUGCUUUUCGUGGUAUUCCUGUGCUUUCGAGGAAGACUUGCUUAUUUGUUCACAGAGAGUUCAGAAGUGGCUGAUGCAGUUGCUGAUUUAUCUCCUCUACUGGCUUUCACCAUAUUGCUAAACAGUGUCCAGCCUGUUCUUUCUGGUGUUGCUGUCGGGUCGGGUUGGCAAGGCAUUGUAGCCUAUGUAAACAUAGCAUGCUACUACUUGGUAGGAAUUCCCCUAGGAAUUGUACUUGGAUACUACAUUGGCUAUCAAGUUAAGGGAAUCUGGAUUGGGAUGAUUCUUGGUACAGCAACACAAACUCUUGUGCUAGUUUAUAUUACUUGGAGAACAGAUUGGGACAAACAGGUAGCGUUGGCUCAGGCACGUGUUAAUAAGUGGUUUUUACCAGCAGAGGAGUCAAAUCAUGGGCAACACACUUCCUAAUUUAUUAUUUUGGGCUUUUUUUUUUUCAGCAUUUAGCCCUCUCAUUUUUUUUUUUUUUUUUAAUAAACAACCAUCUGCAUACCAUGCACAUAAGCACGUAGAUAAAUUACAUUUUUAAGUUGAACAUGAUUCAAUUAUUGUGUUUAAAUAUGAUGAUUAAAUUAUCGAUUUUUUUUGUAUUUAUUAUAUCCUCUAAGUUCAAAAUGAGGGACUAAAGUGUGAGUAUGAAAACGGUAAUUGAACCAUCAUGUUUAAACACGGUGAUUCAAUCACCGUAUUGAAUUUAAAAAUAUCAAAAUGAUGCUGAAGUGGUAGAGAAAAGGUCGUAUAUAUAAAUAUAAAUUUACUAUGAUUAUUUGGAAAAAAAAAUGAGAGGGCUAAGCGCAAAAAAAACACCCUAUUAUCUUCAUCGUGUUCACAUAUUUUUUAUUUGAAUUUGAUAUCUGUAGCUCACGUUAUUGGUUAUAUAUAACUAUCAACCACUCCAGCAGUAGUCAUCGGUUGAUAGAUCUUAAAAUUAA